AUGAAUCGGUACGGCGCUUUUGCUGCUGUCAGUCGAGUCACGGGUGCCAGCCAUUGUCGGCGCAGCCGACGAGAGAGAGCUCUUUGGGGGGGCUAUGGGGAGCAUCCCAGCACGUGCACGCCUCGCUCUGGUGGACUCGAGUGUUUUUCGUCGUCUGCGUUUUCGGAAAAGAGGUGGCGAAACCUGAAAGCUUCGCAUCUUGAAUCCCAUCCGCCUUCGUGGCCACGGGAGGCGCCUCCGCCCGACCCCUUUGAAUUGCUCGGCGUGAAAACGAAACACCCAACUGCUAAGGAACUGCGGCUAGCCUACUUUCGCCUGGUGAAGAAACUUCAUCCGGACCUGGCGGCCGGCGAACAGCAGACGCGCCGUCCUUCGCGGGGGACAGCAGCUGGCCGGAAGUUUCUGCCUGGCCCGUUUCUGUCUUUUUCCUCUUCCCCAAGUCUGACAAUUGACGAUGCACGCUGGGCAUACGAGGCCGCCGUAGUUGCGCUGCAGGCGCCGCAGUGGAACCGAGACGAACCUUGGAGCGGAGGCGCGUCCGAGGACCAGCCGGUCGACGGAGGGAGGGAGCAGAAAGCGUCCGGCGGACACGAGAGGCAACGCACAGUCCGUUUGCACCAGUGGAGACUGCGCCAGAGUGAAGCGGCGGCGUUUUGGCACGAGCACCAUAGCGAGAAAGACGCUACAGAUGCAACGGGUUGGUCGGAAGAGGGGACGCUAUUUCAUCGGUUGUUUCAUCGUCGACUGAGGCAAGAGUCGUCAAGUUCUAGACAGGAGGGCGACCCGCUUCAAUUAUCUGGAGUUUUGGAAGCGAGUCAGGGAAGACAGCCUUCUCAGCCGCAGGCUUCUCAGUGGAGUGACGACGAUUUCGCCCAUUUGCAGCGGCAGGAGCUGGAAGAACUUGGCCUCUCCACAAGGGUCGUUGAGGAGUUAGGGCUGGUCAGGACCGAGCCGGCAGGCGACACUCCCUACUCCUCCCCAAGUGAAAUCAGGCACGCAGUCGCUGCGACCGAUGCUUCCCCACUGGAAGCGCGGGGUCAUCGUCGUGAGAAAGAGACACGGACGCAGGAAAGACUCUUCAGAAGCGACUGCCAAGUCUUAUUUCGUGCUGCUGCGGGUGCCUGCCUCGUUGCGUUUCUCUGCUUCUCCGUGCUAGCGGCCGGGCCAACGUAA